UUUGCCGGGAGCGAGCGAGCGAGAGAGGCAGCAGCAGCAGGGUUAGAGAAACGGAGGCCAUGGGGGUGAUGAGCGUGGACGAGGAGCCGAGUGGAGUUCGCGUGGCGAGAAGCGGCGGCAGCAGGCUCGUCUUCAGGAGGCCCGUCUUCACGAACGACGGAAAGUAUUUGCUGUGCGCAUCGGGAGACCUCAUCAAGGUGUUCAACACUGCAACGGGCGAGACCUUGCACGAGCUCACAGGACAUGGACAACUCGUCACAGGAAUCCAACUCAACCCCAACAACUACCUUCAGGCUUACUCCAGCUCUGAAGAUGGCACAAUUAAGCUCUGGGAUUACAUGGAUGGCAUCCUGAUUAAGACGUUCCUGGUGCAUCGUCCCCUGCUAGGCGCUCUUCACCUGUGUCACCACCCCCAGCCGCCUCUACGUCUUCAGCACCAAAGAGACCAACGGCUCUGGCACAGCUGUACCAGCUCGAGGAGGUUCCAGUUGUUGGCGCUCGCCGUUCCCAAGUCGCCGGAGGUGGAGGUAGAGGUGACGGAGUCCGAUGAGGUCGUGGAGACGUCGGAGUGCUCUGAAAAAUCCAUCUCGUUCAGCUGCCACGGGGAGUACUUGGCGUUUGUACAAAACGACAUGCUCGGGGUGUUCCACCUCAAGAAAAAGAAGUGGAAUUGGCUGACGCUAAAGUCGAACAUGAAGAAGAAGACGGACAACACGUUCGUCGUGGUGGCGUGCCACCCCACGGAGGACUGCAUAGCGACGGGCCACGUCGACGGCAGGAUUCGCCUGUGGAGAAACUUUUGGCACAAGAAGCAGUACACGUUCUCCACGUAUCACUGGCACUCCGAGGGGGUGUCUGACCUUGCCUACUCUGCCGAAGGCACUUGCCUGCUCACGGGCGGCCCCGAGGCUGUGCUGGUCCAGUGGCGCCACUGCGCCGAGGAGCAGAAGGACUUCCUGCCGCGCCUGGGGGCGCCCAUCUCGAGCGUGAGCACGUCCCCGUGCGGCGCGCUGCUCGCCACGGGGCACGUCGACAACAAAAUAACGAUCGUCAAGAGCAACCUGUUCGUGGUCCGCGUCAUUCAAGGCCUCGUGAGAGGAGGCUCCGCGAGCACGGGGCUCAUCGUGGACCCGCGCAGCAAGGCUCUGGCGCUCAACGGGAAACCCGGCUGCCUGCAGUUCUACUCGCUCGGCACCGACGAGCUCCUCUACGACCUGGACAUCGUGCAACAGGAGCACAUCUUCCAGCGGGGCCUGGUGCAGACCGAGCUGCACAAGGCCGCGUUUGACACGCUGGGCGAUUGGCUCGCCACCGUGGAGCAGCGGGCCGGAGGCCUCAACGCGGAGCCCGAGAUCCAGCUCAAGUUCUGGGCCUUCGACGUUCAGCAGCAGAGUUUCGUCCUGAACACGACGGUGGCGGCCCCGCACGACCUCGACAUCACCGCCGUCUGCUUCCGCCGGCAACCGCCGGGACGGGAGACGGAGUCGACCCUUGUCACCUGCUCGCUCGACGGACGCUUCAAAGUGUGGACGCUUGCGCGGGACCCAGAGGCCGCAGAGGAGGGGGAGAAGGGGAAAGAAGAGGAGGAGGAGGGAGGAGGGGUAAACUGGAGCUGCGACUUCGUGGGCUCCUUCCGGAAGCUUCCAGCCACCACAUGCUGCUUCUCGGAGGACGGCUCUGUGCUGGCCGUCGCCUUUGGCUCCGUGGUCACGCUGUGGGAGCCCGAGUGCUGGGAGAUGCGGGCCACCUUCUGCCAGCCGCCAGGGGGCAUCCGGCAACUUUGCUUCGGCAACAAGAACUCCUGCAAGUACUUGGUGGGGGCGACCGACACCGGCUUCCUGCACGUGUGGAACCUGCUCAGCUGUUGGUUGGAGUGGAGCGUGCAGCUGUCUGUGGCCGUCCUUGUCGCCAAUCCUCUGUCGGACCACGUGGCGGUCUUCACCACACCCUCGUCCACCACAGACCUGUUCGUGUUCCGGCCCAGCGAGGCGAGGCCAGUGCUGGCGCAGCGCGGCGUGUGCCCCCAGCUCGUCUCCUCCGCCGUGUUCGUGCCGCGGGAGCGAGCGGACCGCUUCUCGGCCGACUCGGCACGAUGGCUCGCCCGCUCGCAGCUCUACUUCCUCAACGCCAACCACGAGCUGCUGACGGUCACGGCAGAUGACCUGGACGUUAACAUCACUCCGACCACUAAGCAGUUGGUGCUGGCGGAGAACAUCCCAGCCACUCCGUUCUCCAUGCUGCUGCAACACCACCGGCAGCAGCAGCAGCAGGGAGAGGAUGGUGCUGCCACCGCAAACAACGCGGAACUCGGUGCAUUCAGGGACGCCGUCGUGGAGAGAGACAACAAGGCUGCCGCUGCUCUCUCGGGCUCGCUCACCGUCCGGGAGAUGCUGAGUACCCCAGCGCAUGUGCUGCCUCCUGCCUCCGUCCUUUGCAACCUCUUUGUCACCUCCCUGCUGAUCUCCAAGAAAGAGAAAAGCGAGCUUCCGGAUGAGGAGAAGAUGGAAACCGAUGUAGUUAAAAAAGAGGUCGACUCCGAUGUAGAGAGUGAUGAACCCGCGUCGCGCACUCCACAAAAUGACGAACUUCGUGGCGAAGAGACGGAGGGACGUACGCCAACGUUGAGUCGGUCCGAGGCGAAACGGCUCAAACGUCUCGGUAGAUCGGACUUCGGCUGGGUGGCAGAGUUCACCCCGUGAAUCCACACGCACCACCGGGAAUCGAUGAUCUUGCGUUCCUUUCGCCAAUUGCCGAACUGUUGAAAGCACGCAACAUUGCGAGCGACUUAGGGCUAAAUGUGGCCUUGCGCAACUUUGUCUCUGAUGUAAUUCUACCCCCCCCCCUCACCCCUGAGUCAUUAAUUGUGCUCCAGUGUUGCUGCGUCUGUCCGCCGGCUCUACAACAACAUGGGGUCUUGCGUCCUAUCGCACGGCACAUUUGUAAGACCGCACCCUGUCUCGCCCCGACCUGAAUUAUUGAACGCGUGUUUGUGGAGAUGGGAGGAUCUGCCCCCGUAUGGCAACCGGAACUGGCACAAACGUGUCGCUACUGUGGGGGGGGUAGCUCUUGACCUUUGUGGUGAAAACACCUACACUACUUUAUCACAUUUGACUUUGGUUAUAGGCCAAUAUUUGAUAAGGUCAGAUAUAGGUGUAUCUAUAGAAAAUGACAGAUCACACACGAUAGGUUAUUGGAUAAAAAUAAAGCACAAACUGCUUUAAAAAAUGCUCGGCUUUGCUUUCCAAACAAGCGACUGUGUGCGAGAAUAAGAAUGAAUGGCUGUGUGAAGAGGUUAGAUUUGUGAAGAUCUGAGGAUGAUGACAGUCACACCAUCCACAAUGAUGGCAUUGGGUUUAUGGACUGUUCAUUGCUCAGUGUGGGUGAGUGAUGGUCAGAUAUGCGACGUGUACUAUAUGGAUAUUUUGGUUAACGUAAGACUUCCCGCUUUCCCAUUUAAAGUGUUUAAAUAAGGGGCCGUCCAUAAAUGACGUCACGCACCUGGGGGGGGGGGGGUCAGACAUUUGUGAUAA